UGGGCCGGGGCCGGCGGGACGAUGUCGGUGAACUACGCGGCCGGGCUCUCCCCCUACUCGGACAAGGGCAAGUGCGGCCUCCCCGAGAUUUUUGACCCGCCGGAGGAGCUGGAGAGGAAAGUGCGUGCGUUAGCAGACCUGAUAAGGGGUUCUUCCAAUGUAGUGUUUCACACCGGAGCUGGGAUCAGUACAGCUUCCGGAAUCCCUGACUUCAGGGGGCCCAAUGGCGUAUGGACUAUGGAGGAGAGGGGAUUGUCCCCCAAGUUUGACACUACCUUUGAGAACGCGAGGCCUUCCAAGACCCACAUGGCGCUGCUGGAGCUGCAGAGAGUCGGCAUCUUGAAGUUCCUGGUCAGCCAAAACGUGGAUGGCCUGCAUGUGCGUUCUGGAUUCCCACGGGACAAGCUGGCCGAGCUGCACGGGAACAUGUUUGUGGAGGAAUGUGUGAAAUGCGGCAAGCAGUACGUGCGGGACGUUGUCGUGGGCAGCAUGGGCCUCAAGCCGACAGGCAGGCUGUGCGAUGUCUCCAAAGCAAGAGGGCUUCGUGCCUGCCGAGGAAAGUUAAUAGACACCAUUUUAGACUGGGAAGAUUCUCUGCCUGAUCGGGACCUCAGCCUAGCAGACGACGCCUGCAGGAAAGCUGACCUGUCAGUCACUCUGGGGACCUCUCUUCAGAUCAAACCCAGUGGCAAUCUCCCCCUGCUCACUAAAAGGAAAGGAGGGAAGCUGGUCAUAGUAAAUCUGCAAGCAACCAAGCACGUGAGUUCAAAUGCUUUGACUGGCGCCUUGAGCUCAGAGCCGCCCAGCUACAGUCUGACAGGCCUUGGUUUUAUUCCAGCCGUAGCACCCAGCACUUGUGGGUGCGUGAUUGAAUCCUGCAAAAGUGGGUCAGUCCAGGAGCCAGGCGGCCCGCUUACAGUGCCAGCUAGAAGAAAUCAACCUAGUUUAGACCGGCAAGCCGACCUGCGCAUCCACGGCUACGUGGAUGAAGUCAUGACAAAGCUGAUGAAGCAGCUUGGUCUGGAGAUCCCCGAGUGGACGGGGCCGGCGGUGGUGGAGAGUUCUGAGCUUGUGAAGCCCGAACCAGCCCUAAAACUCGACCCAGACGCUCAGCGCCCAGCCAAGGAAGAGCCCUGCUCCCACCACAAUGGCACGGCAGAGGGGGCUGACGGGAUACGCCCGGGGCUCGGCACGGCACGCGAGGAGCACUGUGACGGUCUGAAACAGGAAUGUCCUGGCUCAGGCCACAGUCCCGUAGCAGCCAAGAGAGUAAGAGUGGAGUCGCUGCUCACCUGACUUACACAUGUCUUUGCUGUUGGUCGUUCGUCUUAGCAGCUAGCCUGGGCCGCUUUUCCUACUGUCCUUUUUAUACCUUGAAAUAUCACCCCCCCCCCCCUUUUGUAAGUAUUAAAUAUACUUCAAUGGU